AUGGUGCACAUAUACAAGCCCGAGUUCGUGAAGCACGACGGCGGAUCGCCGAUCUUUUCGGUGGAUUGCCACCCCGACGGAACGCGCAUGGCCACCGCGGGCGGGGACCAGAAGGUGAAGCUCUGGAACCUGGAGGCGCUCAAGAAGAGGGAGGUGGAGGCGGAUCCGAACGUCCCGAGGGUGCUCGCCACCCUCAGCGAUCACUUCAACACGGUGAACUGCGUGCGAUUCAGCAAAAACGGCCGAUUCCUGGCUUCGGGAUCGACGGACAGCAACGUGUUCCUGUACGAGAAGCGCCCGGGUCCCGGCCGCGCGCAGUUCGGCAGCACGGACGAGCCCAACGUGGAGAACUGGGUGAACUGUCAGGCGCUGCGCGGGCACGUCAGCGACGUCAUCGACAUCGCGUGGGCCCCCGACGAUUCCAUGCUCGCGUCGUGCUCGCUCGACAACCUCAUAAUCGUGUGGGAUCCCGCCACGGGCCAACGCGUGACCACGCUCAAGGGCCACACCUCCUUCGUCAAGGGCGUCGCGUGGGACCCCAUCGGCAAGUUCCUCGCCACGCAGGCGGACGACAAGUCCUGCAUCGUCUGGCGCGUCGACGACUGGUCCGUCGUGUCCAAGAUCACCGAGCCCUACCAGAGCUCCAUGGGCGCGACGUUCUCGUUGCGGCUCUCCUGGUCCCCCGACGGCAAGGCGGUGACGACGUGCAACUCGUACAAGAAGCCCAGCCACACCGCUUCCGUGCUGGAGCGCGGGGACUGGGGCAGCAAGUUCGACUUCGUGGGCCACAAGGGGCCCGUGGUCACCGUCAGGUUCUCCCCGGCGCUGUUCAAAGCCGAGGAGAAGCAGGACGCGCCGCCCCACACGGUGAUCGCCUGCGGGUCGCAGGACUGCAAGAUGACCGUGUGGGCCACGAACCGCCCGAAGCCCGUGUGCAUCGUCAAGACGUGCUUCACGCAGUCCGUCGUGGACCUGUGCUGGUCCCCCGACGGCUACUCGCUCAUCGCGUGCUCUACAGACGGAACCGUGGCCAUCUUCACCUUCGACGAGAAGGAGCUCGGCGUCGCCAUGAGCGACGAGGCCAAGGUGGGCUUCCUCUCGGAGACCUACGGCGACCUGCGCAGGCGCGUGGGUCCGAUCCUCGAGGACCCCAGUCUGCUGAGGUUCGAGCAGCAGCACGGGACUCCCGGCAAACCCCCGCUGCCGCAGCCCGCCGCCGUCGCAAACAACGGCGGAGCCAAGGCGCCCAAGCGAAUCGCGCCGCAGGCGAUGGGCGCGCCGCCCCCCGCGGGAAAGGAGAACGCGUCCGCCAACGGCACCCCCGCGCCCGCGCCGGUCGUCAACCAGGUGGCACCCACCGCGGAGCUUCAGCUGGAGACGCGGGCCAGCGACGGGAGGCGGAGGAUCAUGCCCGUGCCGCAGGGGGGCACCGCGGCGGCGCCGAUGCCCAUGCCCAUGCCCGCGUUUCCCGUCGCCCAGGCGCCCGCGGGUUCCCCGCACCACUCCGCGCUCAAGCGGCGGAUCGAGCCCACCCAGAUGGGCGCUCCCGGCGGUGCGGGAUUCGAGCAGAACAAGAGGGUUACGUACGCGACGGGGGGCGCGGACCUCUCCCGCGGCGGCGACAGCCGGGGGUUCCCGCCGAGCGAGGGCGGCGGCGGGUUCGGCGGCGGCGGGCCCACUUACCUGAUGCUCGCGCCCGGAUCGUCCGGCGCCGCCCAGGUGCCCACGCGUCCGGCGCCCGUGACUUUGCACUGCCAGCUGGACGGCGGCGACGAGGAUCCCUUUGCCGCCGCCGCCGCCGCCGCGGCGAGCGCCGAAGCAGGCGAGCCCGAGGCGGUGGGGCCCACGAUGCUGGAGGCGAGAAACAGCGAGCGACACAGCGACGUGGUGUGUUCCACGGCGGGCAUCGUGCGAUGGACCGAUCGAUGCUCCGAGUCCCGCGCGACGCACAUCGCUGGCACCAAGACGUUUGCCGCGGUGUUUUUCGAAAAUUGCACCGUCCAGCUGUACACCCCCGCGGGGAGGAGGGCGAUGCCCCCGCUGGUCACCCCCGGCCGCGCCGCGUUCGUCAGCGCGAGCGGUGGCAGGCUCGUCGCCGUCACCGGGGACUGUUCGCUCAUCGUGUGGGAUCUCGGCGUCCCGGGUCAGGAGACGCAGGUGAUGCGGGAGAGCGUCGCUCCGCUCCUAUCGGGACCCCGCGCGCCCCCCGCGCCGCCGAUGGUGGGCGUGAGGCUCGCCAAGUGCGGCUCACCGAUCGCGCAGUUCGCGGACGGGCACGCGUACGUGUUCCACCCGAAGCUCAAGUCGUGGGCGCGCGUCGCGGAUCAGUCGUUCCCCCGCUCGGAGUUUACCACCCGACUGCGACUCCCGGCGGCUGCGGGCGGCUUGGGCCAAGGCGAGCUCCACGCGCUUCAAGUCGCCGCCGCGCGAGCCGCGGUUGGCAUGGGACCCUCCGCGCUUCUCAGCGGCGGCGCCCCCGCGCCCCGCCGCGAGACUGGCCGCCACCUCGAGUGCCUCCUCGCGGCGGCGGACAUGCUGGGAUCGCAGGCGGAGUACCGGGCGUGGCUGAGGGCGUACUCGCGGCACCUCGCCGCGGAGGGAGCCGAGGGCCACGCGCACGCGCCGCUACGGGAGAUGUGCAUGUGGCUGCUCGGGCCCCUUUCCGGGGGCGUGGAUGCUGGGGACGAGGAGGUAAGCGGCGUCGGGUGGGUGGAUACCGUCGCCGGGGGGUUGAAGAAGAGGGCGCUGCUCGAGGAGAUUGUGUUGCCGGCGCUCGCCUCGAACAGGGCGUCGCAGCGGCUCGUGGGCGAGGUCAACGAGCUCCUCGAGGAGGCGAAGAAGAGGAGUAGGUGAUUGGAUUCGAUCGUUGUUAUUGAGAAACGUCAGGAGUAAA